AUGAAACCUUCCUCUGACAAAUCUCAUCCACCAGCUGACGUUGGAGACAAUGUGACUAUACCUAUUCCAGAUGUAGAUAAAGGCAGAGGUGACCUUCAAAACAUAAUUGGAGUAAUACUUCAAAAGACUGAUGAGGGCCUCCACAAAGUUGGCACCAAAUAUGGCAUACUUCAAAAACAUUAUUGCAGAACUGAUUUCAAUGUGUGCAUUCAGAAGGAUGUGGGAGAUAUUAAACAAGAUAUGGAAAUAUCUUUAAGGACUGCAGCCACAAAACAUUCUGUUGGAUCAGGGCAAGGCUUCAUGAAAUGCACUUGCAUGAAAAACUGCACAACAAACAAAAUUUGUAAGAAAAACAAAGAUAACAGCUUGGAUCAUAAACUUAAAAGUAUGGAUGAGCACCAAGUUGUACCUGAUGUUGUUGAUAAAAGCCCCUCCUCAGAUCUUGAGGUGUCCUAUGGAGUAAGCAAAGUUAAUCUUGGCAAUGAACUGACUCCAACUCAAGUUAAGGAUAUGCCAAAUGUGACACGGAAUGCAGAAGAGGGAGCAUUUUACACUCUUUGCGUGACUGACGCAGAUGCUCCUAGUAGAAAAGACCCAAAAUUUCGUGAGUGGCAUCACCAGCUUGUGGUUAACAUUCCAGGUUCAAAUAUUACUGCUGGAGAGACACAUUCUGAGUAUGUUGGCUCUGGUCCAUCAAAAGGCACUGGCCUGCAUCGUUACUGCUUCUUUCUAUACAAAAAACCAGGCAAGGUGGAAUUUGAUGAAAAGUUCCUGACAAAUAGGUCAGGAGAGAAUCGUGGGAAUUUCUCUAUUCGAAAUUUUGCAAAAAAACAUGCCCUUGGAGACCCAGUUGCUGGAAAUCUGUACCAGGCCCAGUGGGAUGACUAUGUCCCUAAAUUGUAUGAACAGCUCAAUGGAAAAAGUGCAAAAUAA